UGCAAUGCUUCCCUCCACUUUUUUUUUAUUUAUUUGUAAUACCAUAUUUUUAAAUUUUGGUUUCGAGGCUACUAUACAAAGUCAAAACGAACAUUAUUAGUUAUCUGAUCCGAUUGCGUCGUGCAAGAAGUGUUCCUAACCAAGUCACCGCUGACCGGUUUUCUUUCCCCGACUGCUUUGCAUGAAGAGGCCAGCUGGGCUGGUCCGUGAACGCACCUCCCUCUUCCUGAGUGGACUUUCUACUUGCGCCGUGGGGAGUCUGCUGACGGAGCUUUUGGACCGGGACCUUCGCUCCGCGCCGCACGCGGGUCACGCAGAGGACCACAGCCCCAGUCAGUCACUCAGACUUUGAACCCGUCGCUCGGCGAGAAGUGAAAAGCGCGCUCGGCUCUUCGUUCGGAGGUUUCGCACUUCUCCGCCCGACGCUCCUGCAUCCCUCCCGGUCCACCGUUCGAGUCUUUUCCACGGCGAUCGAGCAACAGGUUGAGCCGCAGCCCCGACCAUGCCGAGUAAAAGCCAGUACUUGCGGCCCCGGCUCUGCACGCUGGACAAAGGCGACAACGGCUACGGCUUCCACCUCCACGGCGAGAAGGGCAAGACCGGUCAGUUCAUCCGGCUGGUGGAGCCCGACAGCCCGGCUGAAUCGUCGGGGCUCCGCGCCGGGGACCGCCUGGUCUUCGUCAACGGGGAAGACGUGGAGAACGAGAGCCACCAACAAGUCGUGGGCCGGAUAAGAGCCACUUCGGGCCGCCUGGAGCUCGUCGUGGUGGACCCGGACACGGAGCAGCUGCUGAAGAAACACAACAUCAAGUGUUUGAAGGAGUACGUCAGCGACGGGAUCCCUUUACCCUUCGACCAUGAAGAGGAGCCACAGAAGCACAGAAGCGGAGAGGAGGAGGCGGAGGUCCGCGACUCGGAAAGUGGGGUUGAGCGGCGAGCCGAGGGGGUCGAGGCGGAGGCGGCGGAGGAGGAGGAGGAGGAGGAGGAGGAGCGAGGUCGGGGGUCCAGGGGGAGCACGCCCGUACCUGCCAGGAACGGAGAAAUUCUCCGGGACGUCGAGAGGAAGUUGAGCGUCGAUUCGGACAAGGAGGUGAGCCCCCAGCUGCGACCACGUCUGUGUGUGAUCCGGCGAGAGGCAAACGGAUACGGCUUCAACUUGCACAGCGAGCGGGCCAGGCCGGGCCAGUACAUCAGAGCUGUGGAUGAAGACUCCCCCGCAGAGAGAGCAGGCCUGCAGCCCAAAGACAGGAUAGUCCAGGUGAAUGGCGUGUCGGUGGAGGGCAAAACACACUCCGAGGUCGUGGCGGCCAUUAAAGCCGGCGGGGACGAGGUCCGCCUGCUGGUGGUGGACCCCGACGCCGAUGCCUUCUUCAAGAGGUGCCGAGUGCUCCCCACAUCUGACCACCUGACCGGUCCGCUACCCGAGCCCGGUGUCAACGGAGGAACGGAAGAGAAGGUGAACGGCAGGGGGGCUGAGAGGGACUCCAAGCUGUCAGUCAGCCCUUCUCCGUCCAACGCCUCGUCCAAUGCCUCAAUCACAACCCCGACAACCCCACCUGAGGGCGUGGUGCCGGAGGCCAUCCCGGCUCUGAACAUGAGCCUGCAGCAGGUCAAAGAGAGGGCCCAUCAGAAACGCUCCAAUAAGAGAGCCCCGGCCAUGGACUGGACCAAGAAAAAUGAACUGUUCAGCAACCUAUAGGCCUUCAGAUGGCCCAGCGCACAACUACAACAACGACACCAAUUUGCGUUGCAGUGAUUGUCGCAGCGAUCAGAAAGACCCUUUUGAAAGCAAAAUCCCGUUUUAUGAAAGCUCUAUUCUUCAUUAUUAUUCAUGAAAAGAUAUUGGGCAAAUGAUGGAAUUGUAACGUACUACUAACCGUGAACGACGACUGGACUCUGUUGAAUGUGUGUGCACAUGUGCGCGUCCCUGCCGCCACGCACCUGACAAUCAGUUUAUCGCGCAGUAUCGAUUAGUUUAUCAGAUAAUCUCUCGGAGCCGAUCACGCGUCUUGAAAUGGAUUUCUGUACACUUGUUAACAGUAAUUUUUGUGUAGAUAUUUGCUUCUAAUAACAGCACUUCUAAUUACGUGUUAUCGUCGUUUUAUGAGAUAUUAAAAAAUAAACGAGGAUGAAUGUCAUUUCUGUCCUUCAAGAAUGGAUUUAUAACUGGUAAAAAUACGCACUGAUGGCUUUAAAAAGGAAUGAUUUUAAAAGGAGGCUUCUCAUAAAAUGUAUGUAUAUAUCAUAUAUCAUGUAUAUUUUUACAUUUUUGAUAGAGAUCAACUCCAAAAUGGAAGUCAGAUGAGCUAAAUAAAGCCUCUCAUCUUUCAGUCUGUUUGGCAUGACUCAGUUUAGACUUUUGGGCUUUUAUUUGCUCAUAAAAAACAAAACGGAACCUGUGAGAUUUUUUUUUCCAUUUCUAGUGAUUUUUAUUUAGUUUGAGAUCGUACGUCUUAAAGAAUGUUUGUGCUUCCCUAGAUUGUGCGCUUUUGCCCGGUAUUGUGAUUUCUUUUCCAAAUGAACGUUGGACUUGUGUGUUGUUGUACAAGCGGUGAGUGGCGAGUCUCUGUUGGAAUAAAGCAUCAUCUUAUCAACGUCAUGUUUAUUUACAUGGCUAGAUAUCAAAUAUAAUUUUCUCUUGUCGUAAAAUAUUCAGCGGCUUGUGACCGCUCGUCUGAGAAUAAAACAGACACACAAAAUUAAUUUUUUUUUAAAUGAAACAAAUCUGUGA